CUUCAAACCACUCGGGGAUAAGGACGAAUCAAUGCACCUCACAAGUAUUCCUGAGAGUGUUCGCGUUCAAGUUCACUUGCGUUGUGGUCAAGACUUCUGAUGAAGUUGUUGCUGUGAAGUGUAUUCAGAUUACACUUUCUUAACUAAAUGUUCCCUGAGCUGGCUCUGAGCCAAACCACCUGCUGGUAGACCCCUGUUGCAGAUGCUGACUACCUCAUAAGUUCAAAAUAUUUCAGAAAAAAUGGGAAACGUACCAUCAGAAGCAAACAUGGGCAACAGUCUUAGGUGCUGCAAGUGUAAUAGAGUCUUGCCUCCAUGUCAUUCCUUUGAUAAUUUAAGACAAGACGUCAUACAUGGGCAGCAUGUGCAUGUGUUCAAUGGAGGAGAAUACUACAGACCAGUUGGCAAUAAUAACCAAUAUCACUGCCCUGAUUGCUUUUAUAAGCCAAUCAGAGAUGCAGAACUUAGGAGGGAAUAGGAAGAAAAAAGAAGGAAAGAAGAAGAAAGAAGGCGAGAGGAACAGAGAAGAGAGGAAGAACGUAAGAGAGAGGAGGAAAGGAAAAUGAUGGAAGAAGAGAGGAUAAAAGAAGAGGAGCAAAAGAGAAGAGAGGAGGAGAGGAGGAGACAGGAGGACCAAAAAAGAACAGAGGAAGAGAGAAAAAGGAAAGAGGAGGAGAGAAGAAGACAAGAAGAACAAAAACGGAUAGAAGAGGAGAGAAAGAAAGAAGAGUUGAGUCAAAGAGUACAGGAAUCAAGGGAACGAGCUAAAGAGCAGUAUGAAAAACAACAGAGAAGUAGACAAGAGCAACAGUCUAAACAUAAUGUUAUGAUUGGGCUUUUGGAUGAAUUUGAGGCUUACUGUAAAUCUUACAGUGGGAAAGAUGAGCUUCUAGAAAUCCUUUCUUUGAAAUGUAACAUUGAAGCUUCAGAUCUCAGUCUCACUACUCCAAAAGCUGAUCUGCUGGGGAAGAUCCUGUCAGCUCUGGACAAUCUUCUGUUUGAUGAAUGGAUAAAUGAUCCCCCUUCCGGCAGCACUCUGCAGCAUGCUCAGGUUUACAUCACAGAGCUGUGUGCGCUGUCUGUGGAGAUACCAGAAGAACUGUCUCGAGAAAAUAUCUCCAAUCAUGUGCAGUCCUUAGUUGAGUCCAUCAGCCAAUCAGCAUGCAACAUUUUUGAAAGUCUUGAGUUGAUUCAAGCCAUGUAUCUCACUGUGAUGCACUACAUCAGUGAAAAUGACAAGUCUGAUGCUGAUGCAGUCAUUAUAGCAAAAAAAUGGGCUAAGGAAGAGCUUACAAUGGAGCAGCUUUUUCCUCUUGACUUCCUGAGCAUCCUCAUUUCAUCAAUGCAUGGUACAGUUGGCAAAACCUCUAUAUUUAUUUUAAAAAUGGAAAUCCAGUGUUUGAAACUUCUAAUAUCCACCCUUGUCAAUCUGAAUGGCAAAGAAAGCCUCUAUGCAUCAACUGAGAUUAUUCUUGACCUUGUAAGAGACAUUAAGGACAUCCUUCAAUCAAACGAGGUGUGAAAAUCUUGACAGGUGGGCGGGACUUCCGGUGGCUGGGACAUCCUAGGGCGGGACUUCUGGUGGCUGGGGCUUCCUGUGACGUAACCGG